AGUUUCUAAACAGAAAGAUAUGAUAACAUCUAUAUCUCCAUCACUAUACCAUAGCUCAUAUUCACUUCAUCUCUCUCUUUCUCUUUCUCUCUCCACAUAGAAAAUUCAAAAAGAAGAUAGAAAAUGGAGAUUCAUCAUCAUCGACAUUUUUUUUCUGCAAUUUUGUUAAUCCUCUUUCUAGCUUCAUUCACUGUUGUUUUUAUACUGCUUCCUUCGAAUUUGAUGAGCUUCAUCAACAAAUUUGAGUCCUCAUUUUCAGCUUCACUUCAUCACUUACAAACGAAGGUUUCAGGCGAGAACGAUUACCUCCUUGCCGUUGAAUUCGCCGAUGGUCGUUCGAACGGCACUGUAACGUUACCGAAGGAAGUGAAGAAGGUGAAGAGCAGAGAAAAGAAGCGAGAAGAAGGACUUGCUGGAGCGAGAAGUGCAAUGCGAAAAGCUGCAUUAGGAAAUCGUAGAAGCAAUCUCACUCGGUCGUCAACACCGUACAACGACGACGGUUACAUUCCCACUGGAGCUGUUUAUCAUAACUCGCGCUUAUUUUAUCAGAGCUACUUGGAGAUGGAGAAGAUAUUCAAGGUGUAUGUAUACCCAGAUGGGGACCUACCUAUUGUUCAUGAUGGCCCAUGUAAGGACAUAUACUCCACCGAAGGAAGGUUCCUCCAUGAAAUGGAACGUGGGGUUGGGAAGUUUAGAACCAAUGAUCCCAAUGCAGCUCAUGUUUACUUUCUACCAUUCAGUGUGACAUGGAUGGUCAAAUACCUCUAUACACCAUCCUCUUACGACAUCACUCCUUUAACGCAGUUUGUCUCUGAUUAUGUAAGAGUGGUAUCAAUGAGGUACCCCUUCUGGAACAGAACUCAUGGUGCUGACCACUUCAUGCUUGCUUGCCAUGAUUGGGGUCCACAUGCAUCAAAGGGUAAUCCUUUCCUCUACAAUACCUCCAUUCGUGUCUUGUGCAAUGCCAACACUUCUGAAGGUUUCAAUCCUCUAAAGGAUGUAUCUUUACCAGAAAUUCAUCUCUAUGGAGGUGAAGUAUCUCCUAAACUCCUUUCACUUCCACCUGAGAACGCCCCACGCCGGUAUCUUGCCUUCUUUGCAGGUGGUAUGCAUGGCCCAAUUCGCCCAAUUCUUCUCCAACACUGGAAAAACAGAGACAAAGAUAUUCUUGUCAAUGAGUAUCUCCCUAAAGGCAUAGACUACUAUUCCAUAAUGCUAAGCUCCAAGUUCUGUCUUUGUCCAAGUGGUUUUGAAGUGGCUAGCCCAAGAAUUGUGGAAUCAAUUUAUGCAGAAUGUGUGCCUGUGAUUCUAUCAAAUUAUUAUGUGUUGCCCUUCAGUGAUGUGCUGCAAUGGGAGGCAUUUUCAGUGCAGGUGGAUGUUUCAGAUAUUCCUAGGUUGAAAGAGAUUCUUAGUGCUAUUCCAGAGAGUAAGUAUAAGAAGCUCAAGCAAGGGGUAAGGGCUGUGAGGAGACAUUUUACUCUGAAUCAGCCGGCUAAAAGAUUUGAUGUUUUUCACAUGAUUUUGCACUCAAUAUGGCUGAGAAGAUUGAAUAUAAAACUGAUUAGUUAAUCUAUACUAAGCAUAAUAGAGUAUACCAUACACUAGUAUAGUGAUUUUUUUUAUUUGUAACUUUGGCUUCCAAUAGGAAUAGGAACUCAAAUAUUGGUAACAAUUAGUGACAGAAUCACAGAAAGGGGGCUAAAGAUCCAAAGAACUAAGGCAUUAUUCACCCUUGUUCAUCCAGAGUAACAUGUCAUUGGGAAAACUUUUUCUUUUUGUUGGUACAAUUUCAUAGGAAGUUAGUCUCACUGAAUAUUAUGCAAUAGACAUUUUUUUUUUUUUCUGUUAAAAAGAAGGCAAAAUUGCACCAA